AUGCAAACGAUGUGCCAGCCUGCACUGCUGUUGGUCGCCAUGCUCGUCCCUCAGGCACGCUCGCAGUCAGCCCUCCUCGAGCACUGGCGCAAUCACCCGCCAAGCGACUACUACCUCGAUCGGUGGGUUCACUACGCACCGCACUACGAGCAGCACCUCCCGGCCCGAGACAACGGCUCGCCGCUGCGAAUGCUCGAAAUUGGCGUCAGCUCUGGCGGCAGCGCAAUCGCAUGGAAGCGAUGGUACGGGCCGUCGCUCACGUACGUGGGCGUCGACCUCAACCCCGCAUGCAAGCGCACCGAAUCAGUGGGCGAGCGCCGGUACAUUGAGAUUGGCUCGCAGGAAGACCCCGACUUCCUUCGCUCCAUCUGCGCCAAGUACGGCCCAUUCGACAUCGUCAUCGACGACGGCGCACACAUUGCGCGGAUGGUGCAGCUGAGUCUGCAGCUUCUCUUCGAGAGCGACCAGUGCAUGCGUGACAAGUCCAUCUAUGUCAUCGAGGACCUACACGUGCUCGCGCGCUGCUCGGGACCUGGGCACGACUCGACCUUUUGUAACCACCCGCGCGACUUCAGCAGCCUCUACUCGGAUGCCUUCCUUGGCAUGCACAACCGCUGGCAGGGCUGCAACCAAGCUGGCCGCCGCUGCCACCGCGCGCCGAAGACCAGGCCGCUCGGUCCCUCGUGGGCGUCGAUGGUUGCGGGCGUGCAUCUUUACGAUAGCAUGGCCUUUUUCGAACGCAACUCUGGGCAGAAUGCCACCGUACUCGGUCGGCUCACCCGCGGCAAUAGAACGGAGAGGGUCACGACCAUCGACCCUAAAGUAGGCUGA